AUGCCAUCAGUAGAUAAAAGCAAUCUUCACAAAACAGAAGAUAUUCUUCGUUUUAGCUGUUGGUUUUCUGGUGCUGUUCCCAACAUAUGUGUUGAAGUUAACCUGCAUGCAGCACAUGAAACAUCACCACCCUUGAGAGCUAAUUCGACCAUAGCUCAAAUCAGGCAGCAUAGUGAGGACAUUGCCAAGAAGUACAAGGCUAUGUCGUGCCUUCAGAAUGGAGUUCCAGAUGUCAUUUUCACAAUGAUAAUGGGGUCAGACAAGACUAGGCAGCAACAAUUGAUAAACUUGAGAAGGGACUUCGAGAAUCUAAGGAUCAAAGAGUCUGAAACCAUCAAGCAGUAUGCUGACAGAAUCAUGGUCAUAGUCAACAACAUAAGAUUGCUUGGAUAUGAUUUUAGUGACAAGAGGAUAGUUGAAAAGGUCAUUACAACUCUUCUAGAGAAGAGCAUCAAGAAGGUGCCUUCCAAGCCAAAAGCAGACCAGCCUCGAGCUCCUCUGCAUACAAAUGAAAGGAAUCCUGGUCAAGCAAGCCUAGAUCAAAUGGUGAAAAAAGAUAUCCACCCUGCCCACACUGCAGAAGGAAAGAGACAAAAUCAAACUCAACAGCCAAGAGCUGAAGCUCAAGUAGUAGAGGAAGAUAGUGACCAAGAAGAGCAAGUUUUUGCAGUUUCUUGCUCAGUAGCUAAAGGAAAAGCCAUAAAGGGAUGGUUGAUAAACAGUGGUUGCACAAACCAUAUGACCUCUAAUGCUGGCAUUUUUAAAUCAAUUGACAGAAGCUUCAAAAUAAUAGUGAAGGUUGGAAAUGAACACUUCACCAAAGCUGAAGAUAAAGGAGAUGUGUUGAUAGACACUCCUACAGGUACCAAACUUGUUACAAAUGUCUUGUUUGUGCUUGAUAUUGAUAGAAACUUGCUUACCAUUGCUCAGCUGCUUGAAAAAGGAUAUUCAAUAGUAUUCAAAGGCAAACAAUGCUUGAUCAGUGAUCCAAGUGAAUCCAAGCUCGUGUCAGUGAUCAUGGGUGACAAAAGCUUUGUUGUAAACUGGAAUUGGGACAAGAAUGAGCCAAAGGCUGCUACCGAAGAUCUUGUAACAGAUCAAGCUGAAGCUAAUCAAAAUGGUCCUAAAAUGGAUAUUGAUGAUGAACCAGUCAGGGGCACUAGACCAUUGGCUGAGAUUUAUAAAAAAGCUCAAGUGACUACAGUUGAACCAAACUGCUUUGAAGAGGCUGAAGCUCAAUAA